GUCAUUCAUUCUGGCAAUUCAUGGUUGCAUUGCCUACCCGCAUUCCAUCCACAACUCGCACCCCUCGCCCCUCACAUCGACUGACGAUAAUAAAGAACACCAGGUAGUCACCACUCACGCCAGUAGCAUGUCACUGGUACCGUGAUCCGCCCAUCAUGUCGUUGUCAGUUGCUUCUACCUUCGCCCGCCGCGGCCGACACACCAACCCCAUCCAUCCGGCGGCUCUCGGCUCGCUCAUGAGCAGUGCUACCCCUCUCCACCACCGACAGCAGACCAGGGGCUACAAGUUCGGUCGCCUGUCGUCAUACCUAGAAUCCUACAUUCGCCCUGACGUCUACACCCGCCAUUAUUCUCACGCACAAAAAUACUGCGAAAACCUCUAUCGCCGGCGAGCGUUGGCCAAGCAUGCCCUUGAAGAGGAUGCCAAAUCGGCACUAAAACGGGCUGUUCACAACUACUGGUCUCCAGACCGGAGGGGCCGUCACGGUGCAGGGCGGUGCCUUAACACGGACGCUGCCCCAAGGAAGACCCCAGAUAAUCCAAACGGCGUCCGACCGGGCCAAAACAUCGAAGAUGUCGAGAGGGCUCCUUUGGAACAUCUGUUGUUCGGUGACAAGCAAAGCCAGCCGGCGAAGAAAAACAGCCGCUCGGGCCAGGACAAGGCCGGUGGGGAGGACUUCAUCGACCCCAUCACGAACCGUAGGGUACCCAAAAAGCCGUACCAGUCUCAGUUCGAUUCGUUCAAGGCACCUGAGGUCGAUGGAGCAGCUGCAAAUUCUCCCUUCGUCAACCACUACGGCACACCUCCUUCCCUGCUAGACACGCUCAGCGGGAACAACAAGGAAGUGCGUUGGCACCGAAACGAUACUAUCGCAUCCACACCGAACGCGCCCAAGUAUUCAGAUCUGCACCGCUAUACCGCUGUGAGAUACCGAGAGCCCGACGGCAAGCCGUUGGAUGAGCAGCCAGCCCCUAAGCAUGAGGAUCUGGGCAAGUACGGCCCUGUCCGAGCCCACGAACCAGACGGAAAGUACAAGAUCGAGUCAGCGGCUCCGGCCACGCCAGAAGAGCUAAACAAGUAUGGCGCUGUCAGGGCCCAUGAACCAGAUGGAAAGUACAAGGACGUGUCUGAGCCCCUCGUGGAGUCAGAAGAGCUCGACAAGUACGGUGCCGUCCGAGCCCACGAGCCUGACGGCAAGUACAAGCUCGCACCCGAGGCUCCAACCAGUCAACAGGAGCUGGACAAGUACGGGGCUGUCCGCAGUCAUGAGCCGGACGGCAGGUACAAGGCUGAGGCUGACGAGGCGGCGUCUUCUGUGAAGCCGGAGGAGCUGGGCAAAUACGGUGCUGUCCGAGCCCACGAGCCUGAUGGCAAGUACAAGCUUGCGCCCGAGCCUCCGAUCGCCCAAGAGGAGCGGGGCAAGUAUGGCGCGUUUCGUAGCCAUGAGCCAGAUGGCAAGUACAAGCGCGAAUCUGAGGUCCCAACGGCCACUCGGCAGUCAAAGCGAUACGAGGCGGUUCGCAGCUACGAACCGGACGUCAAGUAUGCGGCCGAGUACACCGACGCUCCUGACGCGGCAGAGCUGGCGGCAUACAGCAAACCCAUCCUUGCUCAUGAGCCGGAUGGCAAGUACGCUGCGAAUUACGUCCAGGAAGAGUACGACGCAGCAGAGCUGGCUAAGUACCGCAAACCUUUCUUCUCCCACGAGCCCGAUGGCAAAUAUGCUGCGUCCUACGUGAAGCCGCAGCAAGACAAGGCGGAACUCUCUCAGUACAAGGCCUUCCGCAGCCAUGAGCCUGAUGGCAAGUACGCCGCGAGCUAUGCCAAGGAGGAGCCCAACCCGAGCGAGCUGGCCACCUACGGGGCUUUCCGGAGCCAUGAACCUGACGGCAAGUACGCUGCCAGCUACGUCAAGGAGCAGCCCGACUCGAGCGAGCUAGCUACUUACGGCGCGUAUCGAAGCCAUGAACCCGAUGGCAAGUACGCUGCCAGCUAUGUCAAGGAGAAGCCCGACUCAAGUGAGCUGGCCACCUAUGGCGCUUUCCGGAGCCACGAGCCCGAUGGCAAGUACGCUGCCAACCACGUGAAGGAGGCGCCUGACUCGAGCGAGCUGGCCACCUACGGGGCAUAUCGAAGCCACGAGCCCGACGGUAAAUACGCCGCCAACAACACAAAUCCCCCGAAGCCGGCUGACGUUCAAACCUACCAGGCAUUUCGCAGUCACGAGCCUGAUGGAAAAUACGCCGCAGAAGCGCAAGCCGCCGAGGAAGCCCAAGAUCUUGCUAACCACGAGGCUUUCACCCACGAGGAUGCGGAAACUCGGCCGCUACCAAAUGAGGAGCAGGAAAAAACUCCAUAUCGCAAGAAGGUCGAGGAACUAAUGGCUCAGGCCGCCACCGAGCCGAAUGUCUCGGGCGUACCCGACCCGAGUUCACAGAAGACAAGCGAUUCCUCCCCCAAACCUGCCAGUCCCCCCUCCCCAGCGCUCUACAAGAUCCUCGUCUACGACCCCACCAUGCAGUGCAUCGAGACGGCCGAGACAACCUCGGUCGUCCCGGACAGCGCUGCACCGCUCUCCCCGGCCGAGAUCCUCCUCCGCAUCUCCAACCCAGCCAAGUUCUUCCCCCACUUCGCGCCCCUCCAGGCCCAGGGCUUCGAGAUCGUCUCGGGCAGCGGCGACGUGCUCAUCUUCCGCAAGGUGCGCGACGGAACCGCCGGCACCACACCGGCCGCAACGGCCGCCGUCAACCCCAUCGACAUGACGGGCGGGCGGCGCAACUACGACUCGAGCGUCGCCGCCGGCCGCUUCGCCAGCCCCACGGGCUUUGUCAACUACGACCUGCCCCCGACGGCGGAGCGGCUGCGGGCUGCGGCCCGCGAACAGGCGUCGUCAUCGUCGGUGGAUGCUGCUGCUGCUGCUGCUGCUGAUAAGGAGCGUGCUAACACGGGCGAUGUGCGCAACAAGGGCAAGCGGAGCCUGCCCAAGAAGGUUGCUGUCGGCGCGGCGUGCUUGGCCGGCAGCGUCUACUCGGUCGGGGUGGUGAGCGAGUAUUUUAAGAAGGGCGGUGCUGAUGGCAAGGGGCCCAAGGGCUUCUGAGGCGGCUUCUGGCUCCUGGGGCGGUUAUUACACCCCAACAGCGCUAGUACUUUUUGGUUUUGUUUGAGUUUUGUUUUGUUGGUUUUGCUUUGGAGUUCUUCGGCUGGCGCACACACGGCACGGCACCAUGGAGCAUUCGGCUUGGGACUUGACAUGGACAUGACCCGGAGCUUAACGGCGGUUCUUUUCCUUGAUUGGUUCGGAAGGGCAUUCUGGCGUCACACGUUCGCUUACUUCAUGACGGGAUGGAUCAGACUGCACAUACCACGGGAACUAUGGGUUUUGGGAGGGUUUGGGAUUUGGGAUUUGGAUCGUUUAGUUCGUGAUGCUUCCGUAGAGAGUGUAUCAACCAGCUGGCUUUGCUCUCCAAUUAUCCCGCCUACUGCU